AUGCACUCGGUUGAAAAUUUAUUAAAAUUGGCAAGUGCACAAAUUGUGGAUGACGGCGUAAAUGUACUCGACGCUGUCGAUGCCUUCGUGAGGCAGCCAGAUGCGCUGGACGGGCUGCACGACUUCUCCCUGCGUUCCCCCGACCCGACGCUCUCCCUCGCGGCGAUCCUCCUCGUGAAGAACAACAUCCUUCCCUACUGGCGCAACAUCCGUGCUCCCCAGCUGUCCCCCGGGGCCAGGCACGCCAUCCGCGCCCGCUGCCUCGACUUUUUCGACAGCCCCGACGCCAAGCUCACCGAGCUCAACGCGCUCAUUCUCUCCAAAUUGGCCCGCAUCGACUACCCGCGCUUCUGGCCAGGCUUGGUCGACGACAUCAAGGCGCGUCUGUCUCCGGAGCUGGCUGUGAGCGAGCCCGGCCACCUCCUCCGGCUCAGCCACGCCUUGUACGCUCUCCACCGAAUCACCAAGGAAAUCGCGUCUAUCAGAAUCGCCAACAGGGUCUUCCCCCUUCUCUACGCGUCCCUCUUCCCCUUUGCUUUGGCUGUCUACCAGCUGGCCUUCUCCCACCUAGCCUCCCACCCCCAUUGGAUAUCCCUGGCGACGUACGCGUACAAGGUGCUCGCCUCGCUCUCCCUCCACAACUGGUCGCGGUGCUCGGGCGAUGAGCGCUCCAACACGGUGCAAUUCACCCAGCUCCAGCUCUCCCUCCUCCCCCGCCUACUCGACUGCACCCACUCAUCGCGCUCCCCGCCCCUCCAGCUUCUCAACGCCCACACACGCUUCCUCCUCCGUCUCCAGCAGUCCAAUCAAGGCCGUUUCCGCGGCAUCCAAGGCAUCGAGGCGCUUAUACCGAUCUUGUACUCGCAAAUCGCCCACUGCACGCACCCAUCCUCACCCGCCGCCCCUCCUAAAUACCUCAUCCACGCCCUCCUCAUCCUCAAACUCUCCCUCGCCGACUGGGUCCCCCACGCGCCGCACAAGCUCAACCCACACGCCUCCCUCUCCGACGACUUUGCCGUCCAAGUCGUCGACCUUGUCGCCCGCCGCUUCCUCCCUCUCACUCCCGCCGACCUCGCCCGCUGGGAAUCUGAUCCUGAGACUUGGGUCUACGAGGACGACCUCGACCACUGGGAGGUGGAUCUGCGCCCGUGUGCCCAGAACCUUGUUCUCGCUGUGCUAAUCAAGCGACGUGGGGCCGUUGGCGCGCACCUCACAUCCCUCCUCCACUCUGCCGCCGAGAGCAGCGACGUCAUCUACAAAGAGGGCGUGUACCGCAUAGUGGCCAAGUGUGCAGAAUACCUCUAUGACCACGUAUCGUUUGAGCGCUGGCUCGACACUACGCUGAUCCCCGAGGUGCAGGUGGACAGUGUAGGCCACGGCCGCAUCCUGCGCCGUCGCAUAGCUAUCCUCGUUGGGCGGUUCGCUGGUGAGAAUCUCACGCCAAGCGCACGCACGAAAGUGUACACAAUCAUACUGCAUUGUCUGCGCGCGCAAGAUGCCGAGAACGACGUCGCAGUGCAGAUUUCAGCUGCGAUUGCCCUCGCUGGGAUAGUAGACACGUGGGACUUUGCUCCUGCCCUCUUCGAGCCCUACAUGGGGGCGGUGGUGGCUGAGCUGAUGCGCAUUCUCGCUGCGUGCACACUGGGCGAAAUCAAGACCAAGGUGCUCGCAAGCCUCACGUGUAUCGUGGAUCAAGUCGGGGAUAUGUCCAUGCCCCACGCCCUUCCUCUCCUCGAAAUGGUAGGCGGGCUGUGGGAGGCUGAUGGCGAUUCUAGCGCCGACGCCGAUUGGCACCUUCGCGGCGGCAUGCUGGCGUUGCUCGCUCGUCUCGUGUGCGUUAUGCAGGAGGGCAGCCAACGUGCUCUCCCACUAGUCGUGCCGCUCAUACGCACAGCGCUGGAUCCAGCACAGGGCAAACCAUACAUCGACAUGGACGCGAUAGAGUUGUGGCAGGUUACGCUCAAGCACGCAGCGGGACACACGGAUUCCAUCCACGGGCUAUUCCCGCUGGCGGUGGAGCUAUUCGCCAACGACGUCGACCUGAGCGAGCCAGCAGGCGCUCUCAUCGAGUCGCACAUGUAUCUCAGUGGGAUGGCGGUGGUGAGUGAGUCCGAGACAGCCCAGCUUCUGUUCCGAGCGUGCGCCGGUGUGGUGGAGUAUGCGAGCGAUGCUGUACGCGCACAAGCAAUUCACCUCGUCCACCUCGCCGCCCUAAUCGCCCCACCUGCCACCUGGUGGGGGGACAUGCACACCUCUGGGCUCUUCCCUGCCAUAGUUAGCAAGCUGCUUUCUGAGAGCGAGUCGGUGCUUCUCUCUGCGCAGCUCGUGGUUGUGUGCGCGCGCAUCGCCCUCGUUGAUACACCCCUCCUUCUACAUCUUCUCGAAUGCGCCGCGGAGGUGCUCGGUGUGUCUCCACAAACCACGCUCGUCGCUCUCCUCGACAGGUGGUGCGAUAGGUGGGAUAACAUUUCCGACGAGUACAGUCGCGCUCUCGCAGCUGCUGGGCUAGCUAGACUCGUCGAGCACGGCAUACCACUCGUUCUCACUCGCCUUGCUGAGCUCAGUAGCAUAUUUGUAGAUAUCCUCGCCCAGAUUAGGGAGAAUCACCUGGAUGCUGUGGCUUAUGGAGAGCAGCCCGACUCAACUACUCCCCACACUCACUCUCACACCCCUAUCACACACCCCCUCCUCAACGCCGUCGGUGAUGAAGGCACUUGCGAGAAGACGCGCAGACUCACCCUCUUCUCCACUGACCCCCUCGCCGCACUCCCCAUUCCCCCUCUUAUCUCUCAUAGCUUCGCUCACGCCCAACAAUCCUUUCCGGGCGGUCCUGACGCUUUUAAUCAGUCUUUCCUCGCAAAUGCCGAUCACACUGUCGUUGCGCAGCUCGUCGCAUUUAUUAAUGAGACCAUGUCUUAA